CCCUCCCUGUUCGAGGCUGCCUCUCGCACACAACAUAAAGGCAACGAUCAAAGCCCCCAAACUUGCAAUUCAUGGCAUGGAGGCGUCAGCGGGCAGCUGCGGCCCUGUGAUCCGCGCGCGGUUGGGCGGGUGAGCGGCAAGAUCACGGUCCGAGACCCUGUUAUCAUCGAGCCGAGAGCAGAGCCUCGUCUAGCUGCUCUCUCUCUCCUUUCUCUCUCUCUCUCUCUCUCUCCCUCCCUCCCUCCUUCCCCUUUCUUCCUCAGUGAAAUCUGACACAACGGAGUCGGCGGCUCGUCUCUCUCUCCCACUCUGGAUGGCACAUUCGGGAUAACUGGCACCGCGCGUCAAACAGUGAGAGGAAGAGAAACGUCCGCCGCGUUUCAGAUGACUCCAACUUUGAGCGAGAGCGACGACCCCUGAAGCCCUGGUUUACACGAGGGACACACACACACACACACACACACACACACACACACACACACACACAUCCCCGCUAUCUUCCACUUCAUGAGAAGGACGCGUCUUGGCGACGGGCGAUCGGAGAGCUGACGGGAACCAUGGCAGCCACUUUAUCAGCAGACGAAGAGCAGGCUACCAGGCAGUUUCUGGAGGAAAUCAACAAGUGGACCAGUCAGCAUGGAGUGUCGCCGCUGUCCAGGGAACUGGCCGUCAAGUUCCUCAUGGCUCGCAAGUUCGACGUCCUCCGAGCCAUCGAGCUCUUCCACAGUUACAGGGAAACGCGUCUGAAAGAGGGAAUCGUCAGACUCCAGCCUCAGGAGGAGCCUCUGCGCUCAGAGCUGCUCAGUGGAAAGUUUACCGUGCUGAGUGUGCGCGACCCGUCGGGCGCCUCCAUCGCCUUGUACACGGCCAAACUGCACCACCCCAACAAGACGGGCAACCACGUGGUGCUGCAGGCCCUCUUCUACCUCCUGGACCGCGCGGUGGAAAGCUUUGAGACGCAGAGGAAUGGCCUGGUGUUCAUCUACGACAUGGCAGGCUCCAACUACACAAACUUUGAGCUGGACCUGAGCAAGAAGAUCCUCAACUUGCUCAAGGGGGCGUUCCCUGCCAGGCUGAAGAAGGUGUUGAUCGUCGGGGCCCCUGUUUGGUUCCGAGUGCCCUACAAUCUGCUCAGCCUGCUCCUCAAGGAGAAACUCAGGGAGAGGGUCCAGAUGGUGAAGAUGGCCGAGCUGCGCCAACACCUCCCCAGGGACUGCCUCCCGCAGCACCUCGGGGGCCUGCUGCCUCUGGACGCGUACAGCUGGAACCAGCAGCUGCUGGCGGGCCAGAACGGCCGAGUGGACCCCGUGGACGAGCUGGUGGCCAUCCCCCUGGAGGACACGUCCAUCCACACCCCCGGACCGGAGUCCAUGCGGCCGCAGGAGCUGCUGACGCACCUCGGCAGGCUGCAGCGCACGGGCAUCCAUCUGGAGUACGAGGAGCUGCGCAAAGAACCGCCGGCCGGGACCUUCCACUGUGCACAAGCAGCCUACAAUCAGGAGAGGAAUCGCUACGGAGACGUGCUGUGCCUCGAUCAGACAAGAGUGCGUUUGAAACCCAGAAGGAACGAGAGAUCGGACUACAUCAAUGCAAGCUACAUGGACGGCUACAAACAGAAGAAUGCAUACAUUGGUACUCAGGGACCACUGGAAAAGACCUACGGCGAUUUCUGGAGAGUGGUGUGGGAACAGAACGUGUUCGUCAUCGUCAUGACAACCAGGACAGACGAGGGCAGUCGGAGGAAGUGUGGACAGUACUGGCCACUGGAGGAAGGGGGGCAAGAGGUGUACGGCCACAUGGCCGUGGUGAACCAGAGGGUGGACCACCACACCCACUACAACCACACGACCCUUGAACUGCACAACACUGAGACAUGUGAACAGAGACAAGUCAGUCAUUUCCAGUACCUCAGCUGGCCUGACUACGGCGUUCCCACCUCAGCUGUGACGCUCAUCGACUUCCUUGCAGCCGUGAAGAGACAACAGAGGAAAAUGGUGAAGGCCUUGGGACUUCAGUGGACAGGCCACCCGCUGGGACCCCCGAUGGUGGUCCACUGCAGUGCAGGGAUUGGGAGAACAGGUACCUUCUGUGCCCUGGACAUCUGUCUGUCCCAGCUUCAGGACGUAGGCUCGCUCAAUGUGUGCCAGGCGGUGCGGCGCAUGCGAACACAGAGAGCCUUCAGCAUUCAGACCCCGGACCAGUACUACUUCUGCUACAAUGCCAUUCUGGAGCACGCCCAGAGACAGGGCCUGCUCCCCGCCAACCAGUGAGCUUCAGCCCCGACCUCCCAGACCAAUCCGUGAGCCGCGAGAGAUUCCCGCGGUCAGUCUGUCAACCCCCGCGCCGUGUUGUGUGACCAAUUAGUGAGUCCGGGAAAGGGGCCGUCGUCCGAAACUAGGCCAUUCCUCAUUGGCAGACCAAGGCGGGACGGCGACAAUAGAAGGCCCGAGUGCUGACAUCAUGAUGUUUCAACGUGAUGACAUUCUGGCUGCCAACAAUGUGACGUUUAGUUUUGUUUUUGCUGAACAUAUAUCGGAAAAUGUGCGGCAGGGUGAACACACUGCUCCAGUGUCACGCAGUUAUGUGGUCUGUGGUCAGGGACAUGCGCAUCGGCCUUUUGAGUAUUUAUUUGCAACUUUAAUAAUGUAAUGGUAGUUUCAGAUUAGCACACCCCCCAAAAUAAAAACGCCAAUCGUUACCCCCUUAUCCCAGAUCGGGUCAAACUCCUCUGAAGUUUGUUUACGACCGCAAAACAAUGAAUUGGACUUUAAAUUUCAGUCAAAUCCGCCUCAAAGGCUGAAGUGAACGUGGCCGUGGUACUUUUCUCUUAACAGCUGCUGGAGAAAAGUCGUUUGUUGUUGUUUUUUUGUGGCGAAACGAAUUCCCCAUGAGUACUAAGACCGAGGUGAGAAAUCAUUUUUCAAAACGGCUAAAGCGGAGCUACUCUGGGUCCCACGUUGCUCUUUAUGUUCAAAUUGUAAUUGUGAUUGGAAUGCAAGUUAUUGACCCAAUGUUAAUUUUGCGGUGAAAUGAUCCUCUGCACAAGCACGGCGUUUUGAUUCCAAACAGAGCGCUGACUCGCCACUGUCCAGCAACAACAAUAGGGUAUUUUUUUGCGCCUCCUGUGUCCGAUUUUGGAUGCGUUUUUUUUUUUUUAGCACAUGGUUGCGUGGAUGGUACGCGCUAGUUCUGCGUCGCCUCAGGGGCGACGCGCCGAACGCGAAAGGAGGUGAAAAGUGCUCGACUUGUUGGCGAAAACACCGUUUAAUCAAAAGUUCUUUUGCUGAGAAGUUGUCUCUUCGAGGUUGUAUGCUGCCCUCCUCUUUUCCCAGUGAAUGGCCGUUAACUCAUCCCGCCCGCGAUCACUCACUGAACUACUGUCCGUGUGAAUCCCUCUGUAGUUUUUCUUUUUCUCCCUCCCCCCUUUGUUACGUAUCCACUGAAGGCCUCCGUCUCGGCCUAAAGUGUCGAGAUCUCCUGACUCGCAGUACAGACAGUGACCAGCGUCCGUGCUUCGCCUUUUCUCACUAGCAGUGCCACCAUGAUGUAGUGAUUGUGUGGGAAUGUAUUGCUUCGCCGCACCCACACGUGCACACACGUACACACUGGUUCGGAGCAGUCCAUGCUGCAGUGACUAAGCCACUGAAGCGUACAUCUGUGUAAGACAUCAGUCAAGACCUCAUGAGUAGUGCAAUACUUCUUCUUCUUUUUUCUUCUUUUCUUUUUUUUUUACAAACAAAUCAUGUCUUAGCACUUUCAAAAUAAUGAUUCCCAAUGUGCUCCGAGAUAAGUCCUUACAGGGAGAGGAUGGUAUGACACAACUCUAUGGUAAUUCUGUAGGUCUACAGGUGAUGCUGGGAUAACUUGAUCAUUAUUUGUUCAAUUUAGUAGCGCUUCAAUAUGAACCAUUCCGUGGACAUAUGAGCUUUACUGAGACAAAUCAAGAGGCUUUUACAGGGAAACCAGAAAUGAAUGAUAGAAUAGCUGAAUCAAAACAAAAACAAAAAAAGCACAAAUCUGUGCCUACACCAUAUAAAGUCCUUCUUGGGAACUUGAGAGUCCUAAAUGUUGUCUGAUGUAUGUCUUCAACGUUUGUCGUCACUGUAACCUCGACAGGCUGUGGCUGUAAUCCGUGCUUUCAUCUGGUCCCUGUGUCUUGCCACUAUUAUAGAGUACAAGUGCCGAGUGCGUCUGUGUGUGUGUAUGUGUGCGUGCUUGUGUGUGUGUGUGUGUGUGCGCGCGCGCGUCAUAUGUUGCAUUAUGUUGUUGCCGGGUGAAAAAAAAAUUGUUUCUUUGCUACAGAAUUCAUAUUGAAUUUGCUUGUAGUGAAGCAUUUUUUCAAGUCUGCCAUCCUUAUGCACUCUGAUUUUAGAAUAUUUUUUUUUUCCUUUCAGCGAUGGAGGCAAAAUGUGCCCUGUUUUAUUUUUCUAUUGUAUUCAACAGCGGUUUUCAUACAAUUACCCAGGAUUAUACAGUUAUCUACAUUAAUUUUAUAUUUGUUCUGUUAUAACCUAUUACUUUAUCAUUUGUAUUACUAUUGAAUCGAGCUAUACUGUAUUAAAUAAAAACCAUGUCAAUGUGGACAUUU